AACUUUAAAAAAAUGUACCUUUCAAAUGAAUAAGUAAUUUGCACAAAACUAGCCUAUAUAUGGAAACAAAUCUUCAAAAUAACUUGCAAUAGGGGAUAGAAUUAAUUUCUAUACAAACUGUCUUUCUCAAUAAUCUUUAUAUAGUUUUAGAUUUAGUGAAAAGUGACUGAUAAUCAGGUGGUUGAGCCGAACUACUCAUUGUGAAGUACCCGGUCUUUGUGCUGCUCUUGUAGCUGUAGCAUCAGUGUGGCUGGUCUAAACAAGUUUUUGGUCAAUGGUGAACUCCAGAAUGAUGUAAGUGGGUCAUUUACCAAUGAUAAUGCUGGUCAAUUUCAUGGAGAGGUGAUUAUACUCCCUUUUGUUGUAAAUGGACAUUGCCUAGCACAAACAUGAUGUGUGUGUUAGUUGUCAUAUUUCAGUUCCAGCCUGAAUGGUUGUCAUGUUUUGCUGCACAUGGACAUGGGGAGGUUUCAUUAUCUGAAAACCUGCAAAUGGAAUAGAAUCAGAAUCAGGUUUAUUAUCACUGACAUGUGUUGUUAAAUUUGCUGUUUUGUGGCAGCAGUACGGUGCAAGGCAUAAAAAUUACUAUAAGUUACCAAUAAAUAAAUAGUGCAAAAGAGGAAUAACGAGGUAGUGUUCAUGGACCGUUCAGAAAUCUGAUGGCAGAGGGGAAGAAGCUGUUCCUAAAAUGUUGAGUGUGGGUCUUCAGGCUCCUGUACCACCUCCUUGAUGGUAGUAAUGAGAAAAGGGCAUGUCCCGGAUGGUGAGGGUCCUUAAUGAUGGAUGCUGCCGCCUUGAGGCACUGCCUCUUGAAGAUGUCCUCAAUGGCGGGGGAGGGUUGUGCCUGUGAUGAAGCUGGCUGAGUCUACAACCCUCUGCAGCUUCUUUCGAUCCUGCACAUUGGAGCAUCCAUACCUGCUGCUGAUGCAACCAGUCAGAAUGUCCUCCACCGUACAUCUGUAGAAAUUUGCAAGAGUCUUUGGUGACAUACUGAAUAUCCUCAAGCUCCUAAUGAAGUAGAGCUGCUAGUGUGCCUUCCUUGUGAUUGCAGCAAAGCGUUGGGCCCAGGAUAGAUCCUCUGAAAUGUUGACGCCCAGGAACUUGAAGCUGCUCAACCUUUCCACCCUUGACCCCUCAAUGAAGACUCCUGACUUCCCCUUCCUGAAGUCCACAAUCAGUUUGUUGGACUUGUUGACACUGAAUGCGAGGUCGUUGUUGUGACACUACUCAACCAGCCGAUCUAUCUCACUUCUGUAUGGCUCCUCAUUACCAUCUGAAAUUCUGCCAACAACAGUGGUGUCAUUGGUGAAUUUAUAGGUAGUGUUUGAGCUGUGCCUGGCCUCACAAUCAUGAAUGUGGAGAGAGUAGAGCAGUGGGCUAAGCAUGCAUUCUUGAGGUGCGCCUCUGUUGAUUGUCAGCAAGGAGGAGAUGUUAUUACUGUUCUGCACUGACUGUGGUCUCCCGAUAAGGAAGUCAAGGAUCCAGUUGCAGAUGGAGGUACAGAGACCCAGGUUUUGAAGUUUGUUGAUUAGUACUGAGGGGAUGAUUGUUUUGAAUUUAACAUUUAUAAUAACAGAUGAUAUUCAUGGCAGGAAUGUAAAUAGUUGGAGAAAGUUAAUUAAACACGUCAUUAUGGAUGGUGAAUAUCAAACAUUGUUAAGCAGAGGAAAUAAUUGGCUCUGAAUUCAUAAAUGUUUCCAAGGAAAUGAAAUGUUCACUUAUUUUUAAUUGUCUUAGAUUUUUUUCUAAUCCAUUUGCUAACCAUGUCUUUUAUACUAACUUUGUCUGCACAAGUUUCCAGUCAUUCCCACAAACUUGCAGCUAAAACGAUUCCACUUUUAACCUCAUGAAUCAAGGAUGUGGAAAGAGAAAUGGAAUAAAUCAACCCAGCACAUAGGAAGGACAGGAUGACUGAUAUUCGCCACUCCCUUUUGAGGCGGGAUGCUUUAAGUGCAGCAAAAGAACUCCUGUACCAUUUGGACAUUUUCUUCAACAGUCAGCUGCAGAAUGUACCUGGCCCACUGGUUGACAAAUCCACCAUUGAACUGGUGGAGGAAUUUAUUUUUCAGCUUCCAAAAGAACGUAAUACUCAGCCAAAAAGGUUGAGUUCAUUACAGGAGCUACAAUUGCUGGAGAUCAUGUGUAGUUAUUUCCAAGAACAGAGUAAAGAUGCAGUUCGACAGAUCAUCUUCUCUGCACUGUUUGGUCCUCAGGGUAAUAAAGCUGAUGAAAAUAGACUGGCUUUGUUAGGAAAACUUGUAUCCAUGGCAAUAGCAAUUUGUCGUGUUCCCAUUUUGGAAUGUACUGCAUUAUGGUUGCAGAGAACGCAUGCAGUAUUCUGUGUGAAACUUGCAAAGGUACUUGUUGAGGAUUACUGCAUUUUGGUACCAGGAUCUGUACAGACAUUAAAGCGAAUUGUUCAUGCCAGUCCACGAUUUUGCUGUCAGCUGAUCACUGCAGUCACUGCAUUAUAUGACCUUUCAACAGAUGAUCUGAUUCCUCCUCAAGAUUUACUGGAGAUGGUUGUAUCGUGGGUAUACGAAGAUCCAAGGUUGACACUUAUUACAUUUUUGAACAGUGCAGCUAACCUCCCCCGUGGAUUUUUGGAGCUAACGCCACUUCCAGGCCUGAUACGAUGGUGUGUACUUGCACCUUUGGCUUAUAAAAGGAACUGUAAAGCUUCUUCAGCACAAUCCUUAGUGAAUGGGCACAGCAAUAAAAUGUGCAAGGAAGUUGAAAGUGAUGGAAACAAGGACUUCAAGAUCCUUUAUUCAAAGUUGCAUUUAAGUGUUCUUCAAGUCCUUAUGAUACUUCAGGGUCAUUUAACAGAAAAAAACUUGUAUGGACGAUUAGAGCUCAUCAUGUUUGAUCAUGUAGAGCGGCUUGUUGGAGACAUUACCAAAUUGGUUAAAGAACUUAAUCUUUCAAAUCCUGUGAAGGAGGUUGAACUUGCAUUGGAUAGAUUAGCUCAAGCUCUGCAAGUUGGUAUUGCAUCAGGAGCACUACUGUGUGCUAGAGAUAACUUGCGUUCCAUCUGCUCUGCACUUCCACAUAACAACUUGCUUCAGUUGGUUUUGACUGGACCAGUACAACAGACUUCACAUACUGCAUUGCCACCAGGAUUCUAUCCACAUAUCCACGCAUCACCUGCUCGAUAUCCCAUGUACUCAACUCACUCAGUGCAGACGUAUAUGCCGGGUAUGGCUUUUUCAUAUAGACCAAUCCGAUGAAGCAUUGACCAUUACAAAAAUUUGACGGGAUACCUCUUGGAUAUGUAUAAUUUUGCAGUGAAACUAAUUGUGAAGAAUACCCUUUUUUUUACUGAAAAUUUGUACUAGUCAGUGAAGAUAAAAUGAAUUGGUUGAAACCUGCUGCGCAUUUAUAUUUUCUUAAUGAAGUUUACCAAACUUUUACUACAGCAGUAACAUGGUUAAGGUUUUUUCGCACCCAGGAGAACUACCACAGUUUUUCAAAUAGAAGAUUUUCUUAUGGAUUUAUUGCAUUCAUUUGUUAAUAUCUGUAACUUAAUAUUGUUUGAGUAUAUUGUUAAAUUGCAUUGUCUACAGAAUCUUUUUUAUAAGGGGGUGCAUUUUUAAAAAAAGUCUGGUGUUCUCUUAUCUCCUCUAGCAGUUAUUCUUGGAUAAAACUCUGUUGGUUUAUUCCAUAUAUUGUAUCACAAUAGCCAGCCUUUUUUUAACUACUAAGUUUUUGUUUAAAGUUCCUUCACCUUCUGAAGCCUCUGCA